ACAGCCAAACCAAUUGCCUCGAAACCUUCCUAACCCACCCCCUGAACUGAAUUGUCAGUGACUCGUGUCUUUUUUUUUGGUAUGUGUUUUGAAAAGGUAUGCCAUCUCCAGCGACGUGUAAGGUGUUCAGCGACCAAGGGAACAAGGAUUUCGUGAAUCUCCCUGACUGAGGAGGCGCAGGGUUAGACAGAGCGUAGCGGUGGUUCUACACUAAUAAGGCUAAGCAAUAAAGCCGCAUUUGCUUCAUGGGGAUGGGGGAGAAAGAGAUCGAGAGUCACUGCUCGGACUCGGAGAUCGUGGGUGAAUCUCAGCAAGACCCGACAGAGGAGGAAUUCCAGCAGGUUUUAAAAGACAUCGGCGGCAGGGAAAGGAUUUUCUUAGUUAGCGAUGUUUUGGAGAAAGGCGACGGGAGCGAACCCGGUUCGCUGGAAGAGUUCGUGAAUGAGAUGUUUCCAUCUGGAUCAAAAACUACAACAGGUACUAGUGAUGAUGAAACUUGCGUUGAGAUAAAAAACGGUACAAUUACAGCAGGAGGGGGAGGUGACGGGAGUGUCGUCGGCAACGUAAAUGCAAGCAACUGUGCGGGUAUUCCUGGCGAAGAAAUACAACCAGGUGAAAAAGACGAAGCGGAUCCAUGUUCUAGGGACGACCCCAGCAGUAGCGCUGCCAAGCCGGCGACCGGGCUGGUUAAGUGCUCCCAGCAGAAAGGAGGGGUCGAAACACGCAGGGCGUAUGGCAAAGCGUGCAAAGGCACACAGCGAGCCAUAGACUGCCCGUUAAUCGUUUUUGUUUUCAGGUACGAGUUUCUGCUUCACCCCCGAAACAGGGUUUGCCUGAAGGAGAUUCUCAAGGACGUGAGGGGUCGCAGUCGGGCUGCGGGUGUGCAGCCUGCUCUGCUCGGGCUGGUGCACUCGAGAAGCGAAAGCGGGGACAGCUGGCAGUCCGUCCGGCUGCUGGAGCAGCUGCUGCAGAGAGUUUUCAAGGGGCACCCCGGCGAGGCGAUGUGGGCUGGUCACUUCAUACCGAAGAAGCCGGGGUGCACACUCGAAAUUAAGAGAAAUGCCUGCAAAUCCAUCCGAGCCUCGCUUUGCACAGAAACAGGGGACAGUAGAGAUAGAGGAGGCACAAUGUCCCGGGUUCGGAAGUGCUUCCCCUGGCAGACACGAGAGAACAGGAGGAGACAACCCAACUGCAGCUCCGGCACCAGCUGGCAAGGUGUCCAGCAGAGCAGGGAAGAAGCCGUCCCCUUGCACAGCAGCGGCCCUGUCGCUGAGCCCCUGAACCCUGCCGGCAUCACGAGCGAGCAAGAGAGCCAGGCCUGACAGAGCUCACCACACCCCUCCCACUCUCACGCCUGCUUCCCAAUCAUCCAGCCUCCUGGCAGUCUUAAUACCGCUGGAGCCAAGCCCUUCUGUGACAAUCACAUAGAUCUAAGUAACCCUUAUAAAAGUGACCCGUUGCAAAGUGUAGUAACGGAUAAUGAAUGCAAUAUAAAGCAUUGGGAAGCAUUGGGAAGCCCAGAGAGGUAUAGUUAAGCAUAUUAAAAACCAAGGCAUAGUAAACUUAAAUAAAUGCAUAGUAUACUGUAAGCAUAGGAAAAGUGCAAAUUUACUGUGCAGAUUUAGCAGGGUAAACUUUUACAAGGGAACUCAAACAGGCAUAUAUGUCUUUAUAAAGAGAGCACCCAUUUAGGGGAGGGAUAGUGUGGUUUGGUGUGGCCGUGAUUGCCUUACGUUACGUGAAUUACUGUGCACUACCAGACUGGGCAAUUUACUGUAAAGCUAUGCUGUUAAAAAGCAACAGCAGUGUUAGAUCUAAUAGUGACAUAGAGGAGGUCUAUAAAAGUAUUUGCACUACCUUUCAUUUCUUCUUGUUUUAAUUAUGAGCUACGGUAUAUUAGUUCAGACAGAUCAUGAUUACAUAUGAGGUAGGUCUGUCAAUAGGAAUGUGUUGUGAUUCUGUCGUAGCGGCUCUACACUGAGUCUAGCAUUCUUCUGUCCUAGAUGUUUAGGUAACAGUAAAGGUUGUGUUAUUGCUGCUGUGAUGCAAUAUUUGACGUUACUAUGUUUAACUGGCCAAAAGAAUAUCUUGUCCAUAAUUGUAAAACACUCGGAUCACUUCAAAAAGAUGUCUGCCCCGUAGUGGGCUGUUUUAUCCUUUUUUAUGAGAUGACUGGUUUACAUGUAAAAAAAGAAUAGAUAAGAACUGUGAAACAGUUCGGAACUCUGAAACUGUGAGAUCGAUCGGAACUCUGAAACUGUGAGAUCGAUCGGAACUCUGAAACUGUGAGAUCGAUCGGAACUCUGAAACUGUGAGAUCGAUCGGAACUCUGAAACUGUGAGAUCGAUCGGAACUCUGAAACUGUGAGAUCGAUCGGAACUCUGAAACUGUGAGAUCGAUCGGAACUCUGAAACUGUGAAACAGUUCGGAACUCUGAAACUGUGAGAUCGAUCGGAACUCUGAAACUGUGAGAUCGAUCGGAACUCUGAAACUGUGAGAUCGAUCGGAACUCUGAAACUGUGAGAUCGAUCGGAACUCUGAAACUGUGAGAUCGAUCGGAACUCUGAAACUGUGAGAUCGAUCGGAACUCUGAAACUGUGAGAUCGAUCGGAACUCUGAAACUGUGAGAUCGAUCGGAACUCUGAAACUGUGAGAUCGAUCGGAACUCUGAAACUGUGAGAUCGAUCGGAACUCUGAAACUGUGAGAUCGAUCGGAACUCUGUUGAUCAGGAAUCUCAGCCUCACUGUUGUGUGAUCUUUGGCACCACUGUACCAAAUGCUCCUGUAGUUGAUUCACAUGAACAUCCACCUGCUUUUGACUGAUCUGUUCACUUAGGUUUCCUGACACAAAGGAAGGGUUACAACAUUUUCUACCUAAAAAUAAAAAUACUCAAAAACAACUUGGAUUCCCGUAGCAAAGCAUACAGGGUUGUAUUCUUCUAGUUUAGAUUCAUGAGACACACGCACACAGUAGCUGCUUGUCCUGAUUUGAACCUCUUCAGAUCUGGUUCUGUUUCCAGUGCAGUACGGAGGUAUUGGACACAGUUUGAAAGGGAUUCCAUGUGCACAAGUCCUUGCUGCUACAUGAGUGGAGGUUAAGGGGUGAAAGAAAGUUAUUGCUGUUCGGGCUUUAUUUAUGUUGCCUUUGAAGGAUGAACCUUUUAAUGUGAUCUUUGUAACUCAGCAUGCUAUCUUGUGUAAACGUCCUAAACAAACAAGCAAUGCCUGAUUGCAGAGAACGGCAGCUUGACAUGUCCCGGUUAGGGAUGCAGUAUGUUGGUUAGAAGAGUGUGUACCGUAGACCAUGAAGCUUGGCAGUGGGUUUAAAGUUCUCAGCUACAAUAGACCAGGACAUUGUGGAGAUUACCUGGAGAUUCAGCACACUGUUUACUGUUUAUCAGUCAUCCCUAAACCAAUCAAGAAACAGACCUCUGAUCAGGAGAGGGCGCCCUUGUAAAUGUGGCAGCACACAGCUGCUGAAUUCCUGAUUAAUGAGUAAAUCAAUAAAAUCAAUCAAUUGGACAAAUGGUUUUUUUUUGCCAACAUGCAGUGUACUGGCCAAGGCACUUUUUUUUUUUUUUUAGGAAUUACUUAUUUUAAAAUAAAACAUACGGAGCUUUUAUUCCUCAUAGUUGGGGGCUUUAACGAUAUUUAAUAUUUAGGUAAAUAUUUAAAUGGAAAGCUAAAUCUGGUUGUGUCCGCUUUGUGCUUUCAUGCAUUUUGAUUGGCUCUUGUAAUGCUAAUCGGGGAAAAUUUCAGCAUUACAAUCAAAUCGCGUGAAUAUUUAGAUUUAGAAAUUAUAUCUGAAUGUACACAUUAAAAUAUAUAUAUUUAUGUAUUUUCACAACAUUUAUAAAUCUGGGAGGAAAAUACAAGAUUUAAGUUAAGUUAAGAAAAAAUACAAGGCGGGCCUGCAGAGUGAAAAGAAGCGUCCGGUUGACAUGUGUUCGUCUUCACCACUCCCGAGUAGGGGUGGUAGCGCUGAGCUGAGCCUAAAAAAUACAAUUGGAUAUUCAAAAAUUGGGGAAAAAACAGGGUAAAAUCAGUUGGCGACUACUAAAUUAUAAAAAUAAAUAAAUAAAAUUAUCAUAAAUGUGUAAAAUGUUAAAAUGUGUUUGUGGAUUACCGUUUUUUGUCUAUUCCCUAAACAGUGAAUAAAAUGUAUUUGGGGGACCAAAACAAAUGUAAAAAAAAAUACAAAUCUAUAGUGCAAUUGUCGGUAAGAGAUCAGAGAAAAAAGGCUACCUGUGCUGGAAUGCUAAAGGCUGUGGGUUUAAAACGUAGCAUCGUUUUAAUGACAAAUUCCGCCCUAAUUCGGUUUUUUGUUUGUUUUAAUUGGAUCUGAUUUUGUUGAUAAUGUGUUUAUAUAUAUAUAUAUAUAUAUAUAUAUAUA